AUGGAUGUUAGUCAAUUGCCCGAUUUCAAGAUCCUGCCCGAUCCUGAAUACAAUAAUUUCUGCAAUGAGAAAUCCAUGAUUACCAAAGAUUCCAUCAGCCUUAAAACCACAUCCUCAUGGACCUACUGUGGACCCCUUCUAAGUCUUGAUCCCGACCUUUUACCAUCAUCCUUCAAAACCUGGGCCGAUGCCACAAUCAACGGCUCACUACUAGACCCUUUACUCUCUUUCCUGGGAUUCGUCCAUGACUUCCUAACAACAAACAACCUAUCCAACUACUGGAUCACCGUCCGCGCCGAUACAGGAACCCACGAUUUCGACAUCCCAAGAUGGCACACAGACGACCUAUUCUUCUCAUCCCCGGCCACACCAACCCACCGCCGCCGCGCCUCACUAAACCUAUUUCCCAGCAUCACCCGCACCAGGAAGCAAUCUACCUCACAUCCACGACGCCAAAGUGAAGACCUCAACCAUCUACUAGAAGAGUUCCCUGCCCCACCCGCCCAGAUAACAUCGACAACCCCCAACCCCACAAACUGGAAACUCACCACAACCCUCCUAGGUCCCGGAACCCUAUUCAUAAACCCGGAGUCCACCCCCAUGGCCCGUGAGGUCCAACGAGAAGUUAAGCGCUCCGUGCGGGCCGAAAACCCACAUCACAUCUGCGCGUCUGUGCGUUGUGUUGGCUGCGCCACGGCAGCGGAGUCUGUGAGGACCCGGCUUGUUGCUGAACUGGAUAGCUAUGGGGUUGUGCAGGCCCAGCCGGGGGAAUACGUGUUUUUUCGGGUCGGGGAUGAAGUUGGGGCGGUGCAUUCGGAGCCUAUGUCCAAUGGGGAUCGGAUCUUUGUUAAUGUUGUUCCUGGGAAUGAGGCAGAUUUGAAGAGUCUUAUGGCCAAGUGGGGGAUGGAGUAUCCGCGGGCUUGGUGUGUGGGAUUACCAUUUCAGAUGGCUGGGGAGGUGCAUUGGAGGAAUAUCGGUGGGUUUUGA